CAUCGGGUCGUCUUUUCUUACACAGUAAUCAUGGCAGAAGCCCACCAGGCGGUGGCCUUCCAGUUCACCGUUACUCCAGAGGGCAUUGACCUGCAGCUGUCCCACCAGGCCCUCUCUGAGAUCUACCUCUCAGGCGUUCGCUCCUGGAAGAAACGUAUCAUCAGAGUCAAGAACAGUGUGAUAACAGGCGUGUAUCCUGCCAGUCCGUCCUCCUGGCUUUUUGUGGUCAUAGCAAUCCUGGCUACCAUGUACACUCGCUCUGAUCCCUCCAUGGGGCUCAUAGCAAAGAUACAGGAGCACCUGCCAGUAAGCCAGUCUAUGAGCACGCAGUGCCAAGCCGUGGUGUCGGCGGUGCUCUUCAGCACCAUGCUGUGGCUGAUGCUCAUCUUCACCAUGCGCCUGUGCCUUAAACAGCUCCUCUCCUACCACCGCUGGAUGUUCGAGCAGCACGGCAAGAUGUCCACCACCACCAAAGUCUGGGUGGCACUGGUGCGUAUUUUUUCUGGCAGGAAGCCUCUGCUCUACAGCUACCAGGGUUCUCUGCCAAACCUCCCGGUCCCGGCCGUCAAGGACACAGUCAAGAAGUACUUGGAGUCAGUUCGGCCGUUGAUGAACGAUGCCGAGUACGAGCGGAUGACCAACCUGGCUACAGAGUUCGAAAGCAGCCUCGGAAACCGCCUGCAGUGGUACCUCAAGCUCAAAUCUCUCUGGGCCUCAAACUAUGUCAGCGACUGGUGGGAGGAAUACGUCUACCUGCGCGGGCGAAACCCCAUCAUGGUCAACAGUAACUACUACGGCAUGGACUUUUUGUAUGUGACUCCUACUCCUAUCCAGGCGGCCAGGGCCGGUAACUUCAUCCACGCCUUCUUUCUUUAUCGGCGCAAACUCAACAAAGAGGAGAUCAAACCUAGUCGUAUCCCAGGCACUGUCAUUCCUCUGUGUGCGGCUCAGUGUGAGAGGAUAUUCAACACCACACGCACUCCUGGAGAGGAGACCGAUUCUGUGCAACAUUGGCAGGACAGCGACUACGUAGCGGUGUACCACAAGGGUCGAUACUUUCGUCUCAGGGUGUACCAGGCAGGCAGACUGCUGUCGCCUAGGGAGAUCGAGUUUCAGAUCCAGAGGAUCCUCGACGACCCUUCAGCUCCCUCCAAAGGCGAGGCCAAACUCGGAGCCCUGACUGCUGGAGACAGAAUUCCAUGGGCCAAGGCCAGGGCAAAGUAUUUCAGCACGGGUAUUAAUAAACGCUCCUUGGACUGCAUUGAAAGAGCGGCCUUCUUUGUGACCCUGGACGAUGAGGAACAGUGCAUAAUGGAAGACGACCCAGAAGCUAGUUUGGACCGCUACGCUAAAUCAUUGCUGCACGGGAAAUGUUAUGACAGGUGGUUUGACAAGUCCUUCUCAGUGGUUUUCUACAAGAAUGGGAAGAGUGGCAUUAACGCUGAGCACUCGUGGGCCGAUGCACCAGUGGUGGCACAUGUAUGGGAGUACACCCUGGCCACCGACAGUUUCCAGCUUGGUUACAAUGAAGAGGGACACUGCAAAGGAGAAGUGGAUUCGUCGCUUCCUGUACCACAGAAGCUGAACUGGGAAAUCCCCCCAGAAUGUGAGGAGCAGAUCUCCCAAUCCCUGGUGGUGGCACAAGCCCUGGCCGAUGACGUGCAGUUCCACGUUUUCUCCUUCCGGACCUUCGGGAAAGGAAAAAUCAAGAAGUGCCGUGUCAGUCCCGAUGCCUUCAUUCAGAUGGCUCUUCAGCUGGCAUACUACAGGGACCGGGGGACAUUCUGCUUGACAUACGAAGCCUCCAUGACCCGUUUGUUCAGGGAGGGCAGGACCGAAACCGUCCGCUCCUGCACCAACGAGAGCAGUGCCUUUGUUCGAGCGCUGGAAGGGGGAGAGACAGCAGAUGUGUGCAGGCGUUUGUUCCGUGCGGCGUCUGAGAAGCACCAGCAGUUGUACCGCAUGGCCAUGACUGGAGCCGGUAUCGACAGGCACCUCUUCUGCCUCUACGUGGUGUCCAAAUACCUGGGGGUGGAGUCACCUUUCCUGAAAGAGGUGCUGUCUGAGCCGUGGAGGCUGUCCACAAGUCAGACUUCGGUCCAGCAGGUGGAGCUGUUUGACUUGGUCAACCAUCCAGAAUUUAUCUCCUGUGGAGGGGGCUUUGGACCAGUGGCUGAUGAUGGUUAUGGGGUCUCUUACAACUUCAUAGGAGAGAACAUCAUGAAUUUCCACAUCUCUUGUAAACGCUCAUGUACUUACACUGAUCCCCAUAAGUUUGGUGAUCAGCUCAGAAAGGCUCUGCAUGAUAUGCUUCAGCUGCUGAGCCCCAACCAGAAGGAGCCCAACAAAACGGAGGAGAGUCGACCUGAGCUCAAGAAACAGCAAUAGAUAACUUCAUCAAAGGAAAGGGUGCUGAAGAGAAGGUGCAGGCUUACAUCAUGAAGUGAGGAAAGGCAGGUUUUCACUCAUCAUGCACUUAGAGAACUAUACUGUCAGAUAAAUGGUAUUCAACAUACAACUCCUCGGGACUGAUGGCGACGCCAGUGUUUUAUCAGCGCAUCUGUAUUGGUUUGUGUGCGCAUGUGUUUUAUUAGGUGUGUGACAGGUGUGUGUGUGUGUGUGUGUGUAUGUUGAGAGAGAGGAAAAGACCACAGAAGAGCAAGUCAUGAACUGGUUUAGUUUUAACUGUCAGCCCCACAGAGCACAUCAAACCCAGAACUGUACUGAAAGCAGUCACGACUGUGAUUAUGUUUGUGAAUAAAGGGGGCCAGUAUGCGUUGCACCACUCGUGUCAGGGUUAAGAAAUAUCCUAAGUCACUCUGCUUCAGGGACUAUUUAAGUACACACUCCAGUGCAGCUGGUUAGGUGCCAGUGAAUUUUCUUCAUUUUGGCUAUGCCGCUAGAAGUGAGCAGUACAUCAGUUUGUUUUUUGCUUUGUUUUGUAGUUUUUUUGGGGGUGGGUGCUCAUUUUCUGCCAUUUGAAUGCCAAUGGCUGUAAAAUUAAUCUAAUGCAUUCAACCUGGCUGUAAAAGCUCACUAGUUUAAAAGCGCCACUGUCGUAAGCACCACUUUUCACUGCCACCGUUGUUUCUGUUAGUUUUUUCCUUAUACGUACAUUUAACUAUAUAAGUGCCAUAACAAUGCAAGCUACAUAUUUAUGAACGUGAUGUGCAAUUUCUUCAGUAAGCAGUGCUGCAGGUCAGAUGUGGUUAAAAUGUGAGGUUUGCUACCAGUGACACAGAUUUGUGAUACUCUGCACCAACCACUGCCUCUGUUUUGUCUUCACUCUGCGUCAGAUUAGCUGGUUUCAUUAUGUUACUGCUGUUGUGAGGCUUUUUAAUGCAAUGUUAGGGGGGGCAUUCUUAAUAAAAGGAAAGAACUGAAAGCUUCC